AUGCAAGUCUCUUGCCAUAAACAUAGGCAUGCUGAAAAACGAAGUCUUGAAAACAUUCAAGAGGAUUAUGAUAAGUUUGUAGCAGAUGGCUCUGUUACAAGUCGACAGAAGUUUUAUCACAAUGUGAUUCACGAGAAACUGCUGGACAUUGAAUUGGACAAAGUAAGAUACAAGAGUUUAUUUUAUUGCUUUGAAGAGGGACUUACAGGCCACCUAACUAAAUGGUUGUCUAUUUCAGGUUUGUGUUCCUGGACUUCACAUUAGCUUGGGUGUGUUUAAGAAACUGUUUGACGAACUAGAGAACCAGUGCUUUGAGCUGGACAAAAAAAUUCAAAUGGUUCUAGCAGGAGACAGUGAAGAGAAUGAUGAGAAAAUCCAGGCAUUCAGAGCUGCCCAACUACAUACCAGACAAGCACAACAAUUUAAUGAAAAAACCAAUUAUUUACAGGAGUUGCUGAAUUUACAAAGUCUGCAUACUAAUGUUGAUAUCAUGCCUGCCUACUUUACACUACUACAGGAGGAGAUAGCCAAAACUCCUUGGAAAUGCAAAGGAGGAGGUAAAAAUAAUAUAUUGGUGCUUUCCAGUAUCAUAGCUGUACAAUCCUCCAAAUCCAUUUUACAUGUUUCAAACCCAUCUUAAUUUUUUAGUUAAAGAAGUUAUGAUUUUAUUUUAUAGAUCAUUUAUUUGUAAUAAGCAGUAAGUCAAAUAACCCAGAUUUAAAUAGUAUUAUCUCAACAUUAUAGGAAAAGCUUGCAGAUGAACAAAUGGAAUUGGCUGCCUUUGAGAAAGCCAAUGGACCACUAUCGGUUCAUUUGGAUGAGGUUCUCAAGAAAAUGAAUGUUGAUAGACAAGCUUAUCAUGGAAAAUCAUUCAUUGGUAAUCAUGUACACACUUGCUGCAAGGUAACACAAAUUCUACCCUUAGAGUAGGAAUUUGUUGAGUCACAAAAUUUCAUUGAAUUGUUGCAUUUGUUUUUUUGGUAGGAAGACAACAUCAUUAA